GCCGGGCGCGCGCAUGGAGAGGCGGGCCGCGGGCGCCCAGCCCCGGCGCAGGAAGCAGCCGCCGCGGCCGGCCGACUUCAAGCUGCAGGUCAUCAUCAUCGGCUCGCGCGGCGUGGGCAAGACCAGCCUGAUGGAGCGCUUUACCGACGACACCUUCUGCGAGGCCUGCAAGUCCACCGUGGGUGUUGACUUCAAAAUAAAAACUGUAGAGCUAAGAGGAAAGAAGAUCAGAUUACAGAUCUGGGACACGGCAGGUCAGGAGAGAUUCAACAGCAUUACCUCAGCCUACUACAGAAGUGCCAAGGGGAUCAUCCUUGUGUACGACAUCACUAAGAAGGAGACCUUCGACGACUUGCCCAAGUGGAUGAAGAUGAUCGACAAGUACGCUUCCGAGGACGCUGAGCUCCUCCUGGUGGGAAACAAGCUGGACUGCGAGGUGGACCGGGAGAUCAGCCGGCAGCAGGGAGAGAAGUUUGCACAGCAGGUAACCGGGAUGCGAUUCUGCGAAGCUAGCGCCAAGGACAACUUCAAUGUGGACGAGAUCUUCCUGAAGCUGGUCGGCGACAUCCUGAAGAAGAUGCCACUGGAUGUGCUUCGGAAUGAGCUGUCCAACAGCAUCCUCUCCCUGCAGCCGGAGCCUGAGGUCCCGCCCGAGCUGCCCCCACCUCGGCCGAAUGUGCGGUGCUGCUGAUCUCCACCGAGGAGGGCCAGCGUCUCUGCACUACAAUCAUGUUGACAAUUUCCUUUUGCACUUUGUAAUCCAAGUCAGCUAUACACUAACUUGUACAUAUGCAGAUAUGCAAUCCUGAGUAAGUCUGGGUGAGCUCGCGUUCCCCUCUGAUCCUGUUCAUCCAUCGAUCCUGGGCCCUCAUCCACCUGGGGCAAAGAGCAGGAGAGAGGAAAGGUGUGAUGUGCCUAAGUAAUGCAGUUGUCCUUGUCAUUUAUGCCACAAGGACAGAAGAUAUUCUGCUAAGAAGAGAGAACGUGGUGCUUUGCUUACUGUUUCAAAGAAAAUUUGUAAAACUAAAGACUUUUUGAGAACGAAGCUAUGUUAAGUGCUUUUUCUUUAUUUACAAGACAUUUCCUGCUGUAGCAUCUCAGAACACUGGAACAAGCUGCCCUGGAGCUGGCGCCGAAGGUUGUUGCCACAAGGUAAGGAAGGGCUGGACUGGACUUGGCUGGAGGCUGCAGAAUCUCGGGUUUCCUGGUGCACGGAGGAAUCCCGUGCUUUUAGGAACUGUUGCUAAAGAAAGAAGUGUUUUUGAAAUGAUAGAAAAGAUUUUAAAACAACGCUGCCAUCCUGAACAAAUCCUGUUGAAAGGGAUAUAAAGAGAUGCAUUGCACUGUAUCCAAGAGCACAUGUGUAUCUUUCCUGAGCGCUCUGUCUCUAAGGAUGGAACUCGCCCCUCGGCGGAGCCCACGGCUAGAUGCCUUGACUGUUUCUUUUCUGUUAUUUUAUUUUACUUUUUGGUCUGAUACUGAAUUGUGGACUCUCUUUGGUAUAUCUUUUAUCGAACUGCACCGUGCUGUUCAGUCGAGGUCAGCAGUCCAUGCGGACUCACCUGGCGUGUCCCGAGCGUCGUGGUCUUUCUACACUAAUGAAGUGCAAAUAAAAUUUGGUAUUUAUGAAUGACA